UUCAGUGACGAAAUCUACUACUCUGACCACUACCACGACGACCAGUUCGAAUACCGGCAUGUGUCGAUACCCGAGGGCCUGCGGAAAUACCUGCCGAAGCCGCCGCGGCUGAUGAGCGAGGACGAGUGGCGAGCCCUGGGCGUGCGCCAGUCGCCUGGCUGGGAGCACUAUAUGGUUCACGUCCCGGAGCCGCAUGUGCUGCUUUUCAAGCGCGAAAAGGACUACCAGCAGAAAUACCCGAAUGGCAAGCCGUCGGUGCUGCGCUAG